CCUUCGUAAUUGUACUUCGUCCAUGAUCGUAUUGAGGUUUCUCGAUAACCGAAUACGGGACAUCGCGAUAGUCGGGUAGUCAAGCUCUUAAACACAUGCCCUACGUCAGAUGUGUCAUUCCUGGCUGGGUCGUCCGACGGGGAUUGAUCAGAAUGUUUCAUUCCUCUAUCUGGCUCGUGGCUACAUUUAUUGUAGCAAAUGUAAAGUCUGAAGACUGUAACUGUCAAUUCACAGUGCCCGAUACGCUUGGUCUAAGAUGCAAUGGGGAAGAGACUUUUCGAAUGAAGAGUUCCAUCGAUCAUAUUAAUGCUGAACUGGUCAUUGCUGAACGGAGGCAACAGGCAAUGUCCGAAGACUUCUCACGGGAGAUGUCCAAACUGGACAAUGGAGUGGAAAACAUGAAAAAUGUCAGUACAAUGUUUCGUAUGGAUCUACAGCAAUUACAGUCUACUGUGUCCAACAUGGCGACGGUUGCCGAGGAGGUGAAAGGACUUCGAGAUAUGAUAACCAACUCAAAGGAAUCAUUGGAACCUAAAUUCGCAGCAUUACAAGAACAAAUGAUGGGAAUAGUGGAGAAGUUUCAAAACGAGUCUUCAAAAGUAUCGGAAUAUGCUCACGCGCUGGUUACAUCUCAGACAACCCAGCUAGCCCAUCAUGCGCAGAGUAUCAUAUCCCUCAAGAAAGAAUCGGAUGAGUUAAAGGUUCAAAGUGCAGAACAGAAGGAGAUAAUCGCAGAUCUGAGCCAGCGACUACAGACUGCGGAAGCGGCCUUGAGCACAGACCUUUCCCAAAUACACAGCCUAAAGUCGUCCCUGAACCUUCUUCAGUCCACAUUCACGACGGCAUAUCGACGCAAUAGAGAUGACAUCCAAGCAUUAAAAAAGACAGUUAGCGACCAAGGACGUUAAAUAACCUACUUUAAUGGCGAAAACCGACCACACCGUGAGCCUCCCAUCUCAGACAGGGAGAGGUCAAAAUGUAACAUGGAGGAUGAACGGAAAUUAACAGUUUUCUUUAGAAACAUCUACAUUGUAUAAUAAUAUUUGAAAUAAUAAAAUAACCCCAUUUGAACAAGUUUU